ACAAGUGUGAAUGAGUUGAAGCAGAAGCUGGUCCAGUGUGUUUGACCCUCAGACCUCCAGGGUGCCGGCCUGUCUCUGAGCGUGUGGACGCCAGGACGCGGAGGAAGCGGAGGUUACCUGUGGGACACGUGAGGACGAUUUUUAACCAGACACACAUGGAUGUCAGGAGGAGGAGGCCCAAUGAUGCUGCCCACGUCAAGCCUCCCAGCUUCAGCACCAAAUAGUCACAUCAGCCAGCUGAGCAGAUACCUGAGCAGCCACCACAACACGCCUGAAGAGGACGAUGAAACCAUGAGCACCAAGGAACAGGACGCCAUGCCAGACUCCACCCUAAACCAUGAUGGCCUCCGCUGUCUUCCAGAGUUCACCACCUUCGCUGAUGACUCCCUGUUCAGCAGACAGACUCAGCAGGAACACAAACACAACCACACUCUCCCUCAUCUGGGCCCGAGCUACUGCUCUUACCAGCCUUCUUGUGGCUUGCCGGCUGGAUACGGUCAGCCAACUCCAUUCCCUAGCCAUGCUGAAGGGUCGUGGCUGCACCCGAGCUUUGCCAGCAGCUGGUCGGGGUAUCCCAACAGCCUGUCGUCCUGUAUGAGCCAGAAAGGUUACUCCAGCUGUUCUGGAGAGAGCUGCCACUCCAGGCACAAGUUCCUGUCCCUGCCCGGCAGACACAGCACCAGCAUGAGCAGCCUGGAGCAGCCGCUCUCCCUGCGCUCCAACCCGCCUUCGGCCAACUCGUAUCACCAUACCUUGUCUCCAUACUCGUGCUCACCCCAGGGAGCCGCCUGCUGUGCUCAGUGCCCUGCAGACACCUUCAACAGGGGGCCUAUGGUCAACCACCCCGGGCCUCAGUACCACCCAGCGUACAGCCCUCGCUAUCCAGGAGACUGCAGACCUCCUAGAGCUGGACACGCACACAUUGGUCACAAUGCUCCAGCUAAAGAGAAGCACCCACCUUACAGCACCAUGCUGUCUCUGGAGCAGAGGAGGGUCUUUGUCACCUAUGAAGCCGACAACGACAAACACGUCAAUGAGAUCAUCAACUUUGUUGCUCUGCUGCGACACAACGGCUUCGAUACACAUAUCGACAUCUUUGAGCAGCAGUUCAGGAGCAUAAGCAAGAUCGACUUCAUGGAGCGGUACCUCAGUGAGAAAGAGUACCUGAUCAUCAUCAUCAUCAGUCCCAAGUACUACGAGACGGUGACGGCUUCGCCUGUUGGCCUGGAGAACGACGAGCGGACCUUCAACACUGUCUACAUACACAAGCAGCUCCAAAAUGAGUUCAUCCAGAACGGAAGUAAGAAUUUCAGGUUCAUCCCCAUUUUGUUCCCCGGAGCUAAAAAGAACACAAAUGUGUACGGAUGGCCUCGCGACCGGGACGACAUUCUGCGGAGGCUCAUGAGGGUCGAGAAGUACAAUCCUCCUCCGAUUGGGGAGUUGCCGACCAUUGUUUCCAUCCCCAUAUAG